AUGGCUCUCCUACAAAGCUACCUAGGAGAAUACAAUAAUCGCAAUGUCAACAGCCCGAUGACACCUUCCACCGAGGCAUAUUUGCCGGCUUAUAAUGGUCAACUGAACUUGGCGAGUGCAUUCGUUUGGAGCGUAACACGAAUUCAAGUUUUCAUGAUCGAGGUUAUAGACAAUCCUUCUACCUACGGGGUGGAACGGAAGGUCGAAUCAGAAUUGAAAAGACUACGUACCGAUAUUGUCGAUCUCAGCCAAAAGGGGAGCAAGUAUCAGUCUGAGGCCUCCUGCCCCCAAGCUAUUUCGAGGAUAGUUAACCCAGCAGGGGCUAGCAAGGAUGAAUCAUACCUUUUGUUGGAUACAAUGACAUAUGAAGGUCUUCCAUAUUGGUGCUCCUUUGACCUUCUAGGUAGGUUCCUUUCCAUUAUUAGUCCAGCACCCCAGGGCGCCACACAUCACAAUUUCUACUUACCUCUGACGUUAAUGUAUGCCAAUUGGUGUCGCAAGAUAGCUCCGAAGGCCCCCUGGAUGUAUUCGUGCGCCUGGGCAGGGGGAAAGGACAAGCAGAGCCGCUUUCACCUGGGAGCAUCGCUCGGCGGAUAUAGCCUUCCUAAGGAGCAGGGCGGCCGCUGGGUCAGCAUUCUGCAACAAGCCCGUUUCGAUAUUCUUCGCGAUGAAAGAACUGACGCAGUGGGACUAACAAUCCAGUCUUCAACUUUAAGGAGUUCGAAACGCAAACCCAUUCCGUAUGGAAACUGCGCGGAAACCUAUCCUCUCGUGCACCUUCUGCGGAACCGUGACCCUAGCGAGGAGGUGUACGGUCUUGCAGUGAUGCUUAGAAAACUACCCGAAGCUGCAUACAACCACCCGCAAGCAUUGGAUACAUUGGUGAGACCUUGCAGUAAUUGUCAAGAUGUGAUAGGCAUUUGGGGUGGGAAAGUAGAGAACUUCAUCACAGAUGAUAUGCCGGAGAAUAGUACCACUGCAUCUUCAGGAGUGCAAUCGCCUAUAUCACCAUGUCCUGACCCGAGAGCAUCCGGAUUCGCUUUACCGACCCGUAUUAAAUGGCCUUCGCCAGAGGACGACACAGCCGAACCUGCGGCGAAAAGGGUUAAAGGCCCGGCGCCUGAGAUUUCUAGAAAACCAUCUCAUUUGGCCAAGCGAAAAGAUAAACCGCAGUGA